AUGGAGUACGCCAACGUACCAAUGACUCAGACUGCGAAGGUUCUCAAAAAUGCGGCGGCCGACAAGGUGGCAGCCGAAGACAAAGCAGCUGCUCUGAUGCGCGACGCUUCUCUUCGGCAGCCGCCAACGCCCUCCAUCACUUGUCGGGCGACGGACAAGCAAACGGUAGUGUCGUACGACCAGCGUAUGCGCAGUUACUGUGUCGUUUGCUACUUCGAGCGGAACAAAGAACUCAUCAAGACGCAGUGGUGCGACGUGCACAAAGUGUACUUAUGUACAAAGGCCUACGUGCCAAGCGACCAGCAAGUCCCGGCGCACGUCUGCCUCCAUGCCGCGUGGUCCUGCUGGGACAAAUUUCACUCGUUCUAUCACCCGAAGGGCCUUUUCAAGAAGGACGGCAAGAUGGAUCGAGGCAACAAACUGUACAGAUUGAAGAAGCAUAGUGUGAUGGAACACAAGGCGAGCAGCGCGAAGAAGACUCCCAUUUUACUUAAGAGCUGUAAGCCGCCGAUCAAACAUGAAAAUCGCGCGAUCGGAUCAUAA